AUGGGAUACGACGACGAUGUCUUCGAGGACGCAUACGCAUUCCAGGAUGAAAGGUGGGAGAAAGGUCCAAACCUCAAUAUCAGUGCUUUCGGAUAUGGUCGUCUGAACCCUCUGUGCUCUAUGACUGAACCCUCGUUGCUAGAUUAUUCCGAUUAUACCCGUUGCAUUGCCAUGUACGGUGGUACUCUUCUUCUUGGAUCUCCUAUAUCCGGGUAUAUCGCCGAUCAAUGUCGCUCAAGGAAAAUUCCCUUUAUCUGUGGCCUUGCUGCCUUGGGCACCUCAACCGCGCUUUUUGCGUUUGCGCGCACGUUUCCAAUUCUCGUUAUUGCGCGAUGUCUCCAGGGCUUAUCUGCAGCGGCUGUUUGGGUUGUUGGGCUUGCCAUCGUGGCUGAUGAUGUACCAUCUGAUCGUGUUGGUGCUGCUAUGGGAAAAACCACCAUUGGACUGACGUGCAGAUUUAUCUUUGGACCCAUGUUGGGUGGAUUGAUCUGCGACAAGUUUGGAUAUUAUGCAGCAUUUCUGCUUCCUACACUCUUAAUUGUUUUGGAUGUUGCGCUGCGGUUCGCCAUGAUUGAGAAGUCAGUCCACAAACCUCCAACCAACCUCUACGAUACUCUCAACCCGCAGGAAGCGGGGUCUACUGCUCAUCGUUCGACGUGUCGAGAAGAUAAUACUGAAAGCGCUCCUCUCUUGCGGUCUUUGAUGGCUCCUAAUGAGGAAGGAAACCCCCAGAGACAAAAUAUUACAAUCUUUCAUCUCUUCCUUACCCCAAUAUUUCCAAUUGCUAUGUUUGCAACAGUUUGUAUGGCGCUCCUAUUCUCGGCUUUGGAGACUGUGCUACCACUGUUUGUCAUGGAUACCUUUGGCUGGACAACCGGUGGAGCGGGUUUAGUUUUAGUCGCCUUAUCAGUUCCAAAUUUUGCCGGAGUGCAAAUUGAUAUGCUGGUUGAUAGCGUAGGAGUUCGUAGCUUGGGAACUAUCGGCUUCGUCAUCGGCAGCUGCGGCUGGCUUUUACUGCGACUUGUCACCAACAACAGUGUAGGACAAGUGGUACUAUUGGUUUGCUUACUACUUAUCUUAGGAGUGUCCUUCGUCAUCACCGAGAUCUGCGCUAUGACCGAAGUAUCACAACUCAUUGGCGAUUAUGAAUCUGAGAACCCAGGGGCAUUUGGAGAGAAGAGCCCUGUUACACAGGCGUAUGCGUUUUUCAAUAUGUCAUUCGCCGGGGGUCAGCUUCUUGGCCCCCUAAUUGCCGGUGCAAUCCGCGUUCAUGCCGGGUGGAGUAAUAUGACUCUUGUUCUUGGCAUUUUGACUGGUCUAAGUGCAAUUCCCAUUGCAUUUUUCAGUGGCCCCCCAAAGAGGGUAACAGAGGAGGCUGAAAAUAUUUAG